AUGCCUUUGCGUGCUCUCUGGUCCAUAUUGCUGCUUGUGGGGGUCUGUCGAAGCCAGAGCUGUUAUUUUCCAGAUGGAAGCUUCGCCGAUGGGUAUACUCCAUGUUUCUCAGGAAGCAGCGGGUCACCAUGUUGUAAGCCCGACUCUGUCUGUCUGACGAAUGGCUAUUGUAUGGGGGUGGCCUUUCCGCCAUACACGCUUUAUCGGGGGCCUGCACCGACAUUAAAUGCUAAUACUCGAAUGAAUGCAUGCUCUAUCGUUCUUUACAGCAAUGUCGAGGGCAACGCCUGGUAUUGCGCGAACUCCAUCGUCGCCAAUUCAUCCACCAGCGUAGGCUGCGCCAACAAUCUCGACCCCUUUCAGAUUCCGCUUGGCAAAAUAGUUCUCAACAAAGCUGCCCUUGCUAACACUUCCUGCUCUGCUGAACCCACUGCGACAGUAACCAUCGGGGCUGCGUCCGGUUCCAGCUGUCCGACAAACAGUGCCACAAGCAUAUCCAUCCGUGAGACAGGAGGCUCUAGGACUGUCGCCGUUGGUGUAGGCGUUGGUGUUUCGCUUGGAGUUUUGUCUCUGGUUUCACUGAUGUGGGCCGUCUACGAGCGGAGAAAGCGACAACAGCUGGUGAAUUCGACCCCUCCGACGGUGCCGAUGAGCUCAGACCCAUACACACAAAUAAUGGUUGCCAAAGGAACUCGAGUUAACAACGAACCUCACGAGUUGUAUAACGAACCUCAUGAAAUGGAGCCAUAG